GCGGAAAAACUUAGACGCGUGCAUCUUGACAGGAAGCGGAACAUGGGGAGAGCUGGGUUAAUCUUGUGGGGAAUUGUUGGGGCCCCAGGCCUUGCCGCACCCCAUGUCGUUGAGCUUACUACCCGGCUACCCAGAAGCUUGACCACGCCACUACAGUUAGUACCCAACGGCGGGAUGGCAUACUACAAACAGGAAUAA